AGUAGGGGGAGAAACAGAAUGGAAAAAAGUUGUGUUGAGAAGUUUGGAGUUUUGUGCGCAGUGAAAGGAUUUGGUGCUCUGUGGGAGUGUAGCUGGAGCCGGGAGUCUGGAGGAAAAAAAAGAGAAAGAAAUGUUUACUUUUUUUUUUCCUCCGAAAGUAAACUAAACUAAACUUUGCAAGAACUCUGAUUGGAUAUUGCAAACUUGCAAAUCUUAAACUCUUCGCUGUGAUUUGAAGUCCUGAUUCUUCAUGGACACAUGCAAAAGUUGUCCCACUUUCUUGUUUGUUUAAGAAGUGUUUUUUUUUGUUUGUUUUGUUUUUGUUUACGGAUUUGAUCGCAGACUGAAUUGCUGACGCUGCUGCUGCACCGCAUUUCGGAGGUUUUUGGGAAGCAUUUUUUUCCCCUUUUCGAAACCAGAAACAAGAACUUACAAGAGGAAAAACUGAUCUAAAUAAGAAAGCGGAUUCAAUCCAAGUAAAACACAGCGGUCUCAGGUACAUUUGUUUAUGUUUUCACUGGACAUGCGCGUGAAGAUGCGCUGACCCUCUUACAGAGACCCUGAACUGGACAAACAAACGAAUCGAGUCGGAGGAAACAAUGGAUUUCUUUAAAAUAAAUCAGAUUUUUUUACUUUUUGUGUCAGUUCUACACAGCCAACCUGGAUCAGGUUUGCACUUCAAGCAAAGCCCAGGGGAUAUAAUUUCAUCACUGGGGAAGCCGGUGGAAAUGCAGUGUGCCUUGCUGAUGGAUGCAAGCGGUAAAAGUGAUGAGUCCCCUCCAGACAUUCUGUGGUACAAAGAAGGGCAGCAGCUUGAGUACUCUAACACCAACCAAAUUCAGAUGCUCCCAGACGAUUACACAUGGCUUGUCAUCAGUACACUUCGGAUUGCAAAUGUUAAGCUGAAAGACAUGGGAGCCUACCGCUGUGCGGUGAUGACUGGGAAUAAUGAGACAGUAUCUUCUGAAGGACACCUGCAACUAGAAGGACUGCCACAUUUCUCUGUUGAACCCCACCACAUAUCCAUAGUGGCGAAUGUGAGCCUGAGUCUUCAGUGUGUUGCUCAUGGGCCCCCUGAACCAGUCCAUAUCAUUUGGCUCCAGGAUGGAAUUCCUCUUAAUACGCUAGAUGAUCUUAUUGCUCUGUCUCCAUCCAACCUCAACCUCACAGGACUGAACAAAACAAGCUCGUUCUCCUGCGAAGCUCAUAAUCGCAAAGGUGUAGCAUCAUCCAGCUCUGGAGUUAUAACGGUCCUCCCUGCCCCACCGCACAAUAUUAAAGCUGUGGAGAUCACUAAUUCCAGCAUUCGUCUGUCCUGGUCCCCGGGCUUUGGAGGAAUGUACACCAUUAAUCUCUGCACAGUGCAGGUUAAGCCAUCAGGAGAGGACUCCACCUUGAAUCCAGAUCACAUGAUCCACAACCAAAACAUUAACAUUCCACCUGCGAGUUACCUGAUCUCUGACCUGAAACCUUUCACCCAAUAUGAUGUCAGAGUCGCCUGCCGGAGCAGCCAAGGAUUCUCUGAUUGGACGCCAUGGGUGAACUUUAGCACCAAUGAAGGAGUUCCAGACAGUGUACCGGUGAACAUCACAGCUAUGCUGAACGGGACAGAUUUGUAUAUCAGCUGGGCCGAACCUGAUGGCGAAAUUAAUGGAGAGCUUAAGGGCUACAUUAUUGAAUACAACACACCUAAUAAGGAACAGGUCCUGUUGGACACAGGUGUGGUAACAGAGCUGACUAUCAACAUGUCAUUGCCUUUAUCAAACAUCACCUUCAGGGUGUGUGCCUACACGGGGGCGGGAUACGGACCAUGGACCAAGAUGCAGACGUUGUCUUUUGUCCCUACAGACAGCAAACCAGUUUCAGCAGGCCACUUAUCUGAGCCAUUGCUUUCCUGGCACUGGUGGUAUGUGGUCAUGGCUGUGACAAUAGCUAUAAGUCUGGCACUGCUCAUGGCUAUAUACAUGGCCAAACUGAGGCGGAAAGAAACACGGUUUGGCGAGGCAUUUGAACCCAUGAUGGAGAGUGGAGAGCUAGUUGUCCGUUAUCGAGCUCGCCGCACCUACAGCCGCCGUACCAACGAAGCCACAUUGAACUCGCUGGGCAUCAGUGAUGAACUCAAACAGAAGCUGCAAGAUGUAAUGGUGGACAGACACAAACUAACCCUGGGAAAGACGCUAGGAGAGGGUGAGUUCGGCUCUGUAAUGGAAGGCUUGCUGACUCAAGAGGACUCUGUGCUUAAAGUAGCAGUCAAGACGAUGAAAAUUGCUAUUUGUACACGAACUGAGAUGGAGGACUUCCUGCGAGAAGCUGCGUGUAUGAAAGAGUUUGACCAUCAAAAUGUUAUGAGGCUACUGGGAGUGUGUUUGCAGACUGUGGAGAGCGAAGGCUUUCCAUCUCCUGUGGUGAUUCUGCCCUACAUGAAACAUGGUGACCUGCACAGCUACCUCCUUUAUUCAAGGCUUGGAGAAUCACCUGUAUAUCUACCAUCUCAGAUGCUGGUGAAGUUUAUGACAGACAUCGCUCGAGGAAUGGAGUACCUGAGCAGCAAGAACUUUAUCCAUAGAGACCUGGCUGCACGUAACUGCAUGUUAAAUGAGAACAUGAACGUGUGCGUUGCUGAUUUUGGUCUCUCUAAGAAGAUUUACAAUGGUGAUUACUAUAGACAGGGCCGAAUCUCAAAAAUGCCUGUCAAGUGGAUUGCGAUUGAAAGCCUGGCAGACAGAGUUUACACCACCAAGAGUGAUGUGUGGUCCUUUGGUGUGACAAUGUGGGAAAUUGCUACCCGAGGUCAGACUCCGUAUCCCGGUGUGGAAAACAGUGAGAUCUAUGACUACCUGAGACAAGGUAACCGUCUGAAACAGCCUCCGGACUGCCUGGACAGCAUAUAUUCCUUGAUGUUCUCCUGCUGGUUGCUCAGCCCGAAGGACCGUCCGACUUUUGAGGUCUUGUGUGGCCAACUCGAAAAAGCCCUGGAGGAGCUUCCUGAUCCGCAGGACCCUGAAGAGAUCCUCUAUGUCAACAUGGAGGAGUCAUCAGGAGAGCUGGGGGCCGUCGGGGGACGGGAGCCAAACCUAGCCGGUGGUAUGUGCUCUCUGGGGCCAUUAAAGGGCACAGAAUCGGUGGCAACAGCAGAGAUUCACCAACCAGGCCGCUAUGUCAUUUGCCCCCAACACGAGAACCAGCGUCUGCUCAAUGCCGAAUCGUUGGAAAGCCUGAAUUUCAACAGCUCAACACCGACUUUAUUACUGCAACCGUCUGCCCGUGCAACUCCUGUACCAAACUCUGAGAUGAACACUUCUGAGGAAAGAGAGGGCCCGGGUGGAAAGAGAAUAAUGUGGUAGUAACACUUAAACUGAAUAAGAGACAGUAGACACAUGCAGGUACUGUACCUUCUAAUCAGAAGGAUCCAAUUAGAGAUUUGUCCUUUGUCCCAUUGUCCAUCACUUACACCUCUUCUCUUUGUGGAACCACACACUUUUCCUGAAAUCCCUCAAACAUUUAUCGUAAUUGUACUACAUCCAAUGUUUCUCCAAACUUGUCGUGCUUGGAUUAAGAUUGGAUUGUAAUUUCCUUUUUUGGCGUUGAGCAUUCUUAUCGUUCUUCCCCCAUUACACACCCCGUUCUCAUGGUUCUAAUUCUGGUUUUAUUGAGGGAUUUCUGAAUCUAAGUCAGUAACCAAUUUAUUCUGAUCUGGGUCAAAGCAGAUCCUAGAAACAUUGGGAAUGGGGUGACACACCUUGGAUGACCAGGCUCAAUGCAUACACACACGUGCACACAGUCAGUCACACCGGGCGUCAAGUCAUUAGCCAAUCCUUCUAUUUAUAUAUUUUAGGAGGUGUGAAGAAACAAGAGACCCUGGAGGAAACCCACACAGAGGUGGCAUUGGGUUAAAAAAAGCCACACACACACACACACACACACACACACACACACACAAAAACAUCCACCUGCAGAAAGUCAAAAGCUAUUUAAAAAAUAUAUGGCAUUAUCUAGAAGAAAGCAACUGAUAUCUAAUAAGCGGGAAUAAGACCAAGCUAAAUUACCACAUGUGACUUAAGUAUUAGCAGGUCCUCAGGAGCUCUUCAGAUAUUUAAUAAUGAUAUCGAAAUGUCAAUGAAAAUGGGAUUAGAGCAGCUUGCCAGCAGAUCACUGCCAAUCUGUACAAGGGAAUCAAAAAACUUUGAGUCUGUUUUCAGACAGUUUUUGUUUACUGUAUGCCUGUAUUAGAUUUCUUCAAUACAACAUUUCCAAAGUAACACGAGCCAACUUGAAGCACUUCCUGCUAUCAAUACAAGCCAUGGACAGAAAAUAUCAAGUACAAAGUAGAAGAAAGCAAAUGGCUUAUGUAAUCUAAAAUGGAGGAAAUAGUCAUUAGGCACCAGCUAUGUUUGUAACCUAGUCAAGAAAUGUAUAUAGAUAUGUUCCAAGGUUAAAAAAAACCAAAUCCUCAGUACAACUUUGGACACCAUUAGAAGUAAUUAUGUCACUUUACCUGUCUACCUACCUGGCAGUAGUUGAUUGAAGUAGUACACACUUUGUUCAAAGGUACUGGGUUUUUUAACAUGCCAUCUCAGAGACCAGUUUUAUGGUUUCUGUAACAUGGGGUGUUUUAAAUCAGCCCAAACAGGGCACUAGGUAGGGCAUAGUUAAGACGUAAACACCGGGCCGGGUGCUGCCGUGGUUCACCACGGCCUCGACUCAAGCACAGUAUUAUUUGUGUUUGUUAUUGUUGUUUUGUAUAUAUGAAAUUGUUGCACUAAUCAUUCCCAAUUUAUUUUUGUGUGUUCUUCUAUUAUGCUUAUUGCAUUCAUUUGUUCCUUGUUUCAACAUUCUUCAUAGUGCAGAGUAGGUUUGUAAUUUUAUGUUUAAAAUGAAAUGGUAUGAAAAAUUGUCACUGAUAGUGUUAUAAAUUCAAACACCAAAUUUUUUUGAUUGUUUUAAAAACUAUUGCUCAGAAAGCAGUUUCAUUUGACAUGAACUUUGUGGUACAGACUUUUCUCUGAGCUUCUUACAAGGUCCCAACUAUCAUAGAGUUUUAAAUCCAUAUUCAAUUAUGUAAAUUCGUAUAAAAACAGCUGAAAACUAUAUUCAAAUUAGCCUUUGAUUAUUUUUUAGCGACACAGGCUAAGCUGUCCACGUGCCUUUUACUGUCAUGAUCCUGGUAUUUGCAUAUAUUUAGCACCUCUUUUCACAAAUAAAAUUUAAAAAUAGCUUCUGCAAUUGUUUGAUCAGUUUUAAUAAAAAUAACACUUAAUGUCAGUGACAGGGUUUUUAUUACUCCUUGCAUUGUAGGCUGUGCAUACUUUGAUACAAAUAUGUGUAUUACAUCCAACUCCACACUCACAUGUGAGCUUCCGAGUGCCUUGAGAAAGCCAGUAUUUUGUCUUAAGAUAGUUGUUUGAAUUGUAGCAUUAGGCAUGUAUGUCAAGAUAAUAUUACUGAUGCUAUUAUGUUUUUGUACGUUUUUGAUACGCUUUUAUAUGAAAUAAAUGCUAUCUGCACAGUG